GGGUAACUUUCACUUUCUUGGAACAAGUUUUGGACAUUCUACUUGAAUACAUUUUGAAAACAUUUGAUAGAUCUACAAAAGUAAUAGAUUUCCACUACCCCGAUGAGCUCCUUGAGGGAUUUAACUGGAUGCUGGAUGAACAGCCAAAUACUUUGGAAGACAUCUUGGUGACUUGCAGAGCAACACUAAAAUAUGCUGUGAAAACAGGCCAUCCUAGAUAUUUCAAUCAGCUUUCAACUGGAUUAGAUAUGGUUGGCCUCGCUGCUGAUUGGCUUACCUCCACUGCUAAUACAAACAUGUUUACAUAUGAGAUCGCACCAGUGUUUGUCCUGUUGGAAUACAUCACUCUGAAGAAAAUGAGAGAAAUGAUUGGCUGGCCAGGAGGAUGUGGCGAUGGAAUAUUCUCACCUGGUGGAGCCAUAUCAAACAUGUAUGCCUUGCUAAUCGCACGCUACAAGCUGUUUCCUGAAGUUAAAGAGAAAGGAAUGGCUGCCAUUCCCAAACUGAUUGCCUUCACAUCAGAACACAGUCAUUUCUCAAUAAAGAAAGCAGCAGCAGCUCUGGGGAUUGGGACAGAUGGAGUCGUUCUGAUCAAAUGUGAUGUAAGAGGGAAAAUCAUCCCAGCAGACCUUGAGAGAAGGAUACUUGAAGCUAAGCAAAAGGGCUUUGUGCCGUUCUUUGUAAAUGCUACAGCUGGCACUACAGUGUAUGGCGCCUUCGAUCCUCUUGUUGCUAUCGCCGAUAUUUGCAACAAGUACAAGAUCUGGAUGCACGUUGAUGCAGCCUGGGGUGGUGGUUUACUGAUGUCUAGAAAACAUCGCUGGAAACUAAAUGGAGCAGAAAGGGGAAAUUCUGUCACUUGGAAUCCACACAAAAUGAUGGGAGUUCCACUUCAGUGCUCUGCUUUACUUGUUAGGGAAGAGGGGCUGCUGCAGAAUUGUAAUCAGAUGAAUGCCUGCUACCUCUUCCAACCUGACAAACAAUAUGAUUUGUCCUAUGACACUGGAGAUAAAGCAUUGCAGUGUGGGCGACAUGUGGAUAUUUUUAAAUUGUGGCUGAUGUGGAGAGCUAAGCCACAGCACACCAAUGUCUGCUUCUGGUAUCUGCCUCACAGUAUUCGGCACCUACCAGAUAAUGAAGAACGAAGGAGUUUGCUCAUGAAGGUGGCUCCACAGAUCAAAACUAGGAUGAUGUCAUUUGGGACCACAAUGGUAAGUUAUCAGCCACAAGGUGACAAAGUUAAUUUCUUCCGUAUGGUCAUCUCAAACCCAGCAGCUACACAAGAAGACAUUGAUUUCCUCAUUGAGGAAAUAGAGCGACUUGGACAGGACCUGUGACUGCAAGGUUCAAGACAUCUGCCCUAAUACAAUGGGGAGGUUGCUAUUGUGUGAAUGUAUUUCAUUGUUUACCUUGAAACUAGUCUCGUGUGAUCUUAGCUCUGACUACAGGGAUUGGAGCUUAAGACUCCCAAUGUGGAAUUAUGGAUAUUAGAAGUUGAUUUAAUGCAAUUACACAUUUUCUGAAGUUAAAAAAAGGUAUGAGUCAUCAACCAUCUGCCACUUUUCAGACAAAUUGUCCUAAGGCAUUAAGUGCUGAAAUGAUGUAAAACAGAGCACUUUAGAACCCAUUUAGAUAUUUUGUUAUGGUCAUUUAGCAGCCCUGCUCCAGGUGGAUGUUACACACCAAUAAUUCAUAUAAUUUCUGUUGUUACUUAUGAAGGUCUCUAUUAAUGAAGUCUUUAGGAUCCUAAAAGUGCAGGUUUCUGCACUUUUUCAUGGCUGUACAAAAGAUUUGAUAAUAGAGGCUUAGUCUUUAUUUUGCUCUCUUCAACUAGCUGUGAUAAAAAUCAUUUAGAAAAUCUAUGCUUCAGCUCUGUGAAAUCUUUAUUACUUAAGCUCUGCGUUAAAGUGUCAAAUUCAGAUAUUCUAUUUCUUUUGAUAAGGAAGGAAAUGCUUUAAUACUUUUAGUUGUCAUACUUGAAUUUGAGAGUUCAAUGUUUGAAAUCUUCAGACCAGGAGUUUACACAUACAAUGUAUACCUGUAGUGUUCUCUUCAUACUAUAAAGAAAUAACAAAUGACAACUCUGUUGACAACUGGAUAGUGUUUAGUGUCUGUGAAAGUGUUUCCUUUGUAGAACUUUGAGUAAUGUCUAGUUCACCUCAGAUUGAGGUUGCGCACUUUAGAUUCAAACUGUACUGUGUUGAAUGAUAAUGUUUUAAUGUUCUAGUUUAUUCUUACCACACUUGGUAUACUUAGAUUUGGAAAUGGGAAGCUUUGAAUUAAAACUCUAACUUGGUCUUCCACACCCAGCAUGAUCAAAUUUGCAUUAAAUCUUAUAAGCUAGUUAUACCAUAUAGUUUGUGUUAAUCAAGAGGUCUUGGUUAAGCACUAACACAAAAUGUGCCAUGUAACUAAUCCAUCAAAGCAUGCUGAUCAAGAAAUGUGAGAACACUGACAAAGACAUUUUCAUGUUAUUUGGGCUUGACUCGUGCAACUGGUGUGAAUACACAUUUAAAAAUUUAACAGACAGGUCCAUCUGGAAAUUUAGCAACUUACUUAAAAAUAAUUUUAAUAUGAGUUCAAAAUCGACUGUCUGGUCAGCUCUCUCCUGACAAUAUAAUCAAACUGUCCUUAAGAGUUUGGUAGGCAGAGCCCUUUUACAAUACCAUGGGUUCAAAAUGACAGAAGGAAAAUUUAACAAUGAUAUUGAGGAAUUCAUUUUUGUAUAGAGUGAUCAGCACUUUCCCUUAAAGCAAUGGAAGCAAGAAUUCUAGAAUCAUGUUUGGAUGCUUCAAUGGAAGGACUUCAAGGUCAAUCUAGAUGGGCAAACCAAGAUGGAUUAGAUGGCCUUCCUUAUCCGUGUCUAUCUUGUAUUCUUGUAGCAUACUGAGUUCAUCCCAGGUCAAGAAUCAAUAGUAACCAGCAGUGUAAUUUGGUUUUGCCAACCCCAUUUCCCAGUCUGAGACCAGCACUAUCAUUUCCAAGUUAACACAAAUAAUCAUCUCUUUCAGUUUACAGGACAGAAAGAUUGGCUUAUCAUGCCUGUGCCAAUCUUAGAAAUAAUGAUCUUCAAAUUCCCACUUCCAUCUGUUCUUCCCAAAUGCCCUUUAAUUCUUUUAUUGUUUUACAUAUUAUCCCCCUUCUCUUUUUAAAAAGCUAUUAUAGAUUCUGCUCUUACCCCUUUUCCUGGUGGACUAUUUCAAAUCUUAGCAACCCUCUGCAUAAAAUGUUUUAGCUAACCGCUCCUUUUUUCUUUAGUAAUUUUAAAAUCAUGAGGGUCAUGACAACCUGGCGUAGCUUUGGCAUAGGAGUCCCAGAGAAAUGGUGUGAACAGUGAUUGCCAUUUUUCAGAGGGUUCUGAUAUUUAUGAAGAAUGUUAAGAAUCCCUGCGGAAGCUCUCCAUUGUUAUUGGUGCAAUCCCGUUACAACAUUGAAGCUAUUGCUAUCAAAAAUACUAAUAACAAGCUGAAGAGCUAAAUGCUGAUCUAUUCUAACACACAGAAAUACCAAACUUACUUUAGGAGUCCUAACCCAUGACCUCACUUGGAAUUACCAAAAUAACUACCUACCUUCAAUUCCUGGGCUUUAAGAAUCAGGUUCUGUCUCCUUGAUGACAGAUUGGAUUCUUUCCCAGUACCUACUCUGACAUGGAUGUAUUAUUUUACUUCAAACCCUUUUUGGGUUAUUCUAAUGUUCCAAUCAGAUUAUUUCAGUCACAAGGUCAUGUAUCUAUUGUCAGAUCCUCAAACAUCAUUCAAAUCUGUAUCCUUUUAUAAUUAAAAUGCUCAUGUUUAGCAAAAUUAGGAUUAAAAUGCCUAACCUCAAUUCUGACAGCUUCCUGGUAAAGUUGUUCUUUGCGCGGACAUGUGAAACAAGUCCAUGUCUCAAAUGGAUAUAGAUAUUGCCUGGUGAUGUCUAUAGCUGUACUGGGUGUGUUUUAUUUUAGCCAGCAUUUGUUGCCCAUCCCUAAUUGCACUUGAACUGAACAUUUCAGAGGGCAUUUAAGAGUCAUCUCAUUACUGUGGGUCUGGAGUCACAUGUAGGCCAGACUAGGUAAGAAUGGCAAAUUUCCUUCCCUAAAGGACACUAGUGAACCAGAAGAGUUUUUGGUCACCAUUACUGAGACUAGCUUUAUAUUCCAGAUUUUAUUAACUGAAUUUAAAUUCCACCAGCUGCCAUGGUGGGAUUCAAACCCAUGUCCCCAUAGCAUUAGCCUAGGCCUCUGGCCAGUGACAGCACCCAUUACACAACCAUCUCCCUCUACAUACAGUACAGUAGCAUGCACUAUCUACUGUGUUAAAUCUGAAAGUGAUACACCAAGCUGCAAGUAAUUUUUAUGGGGAUAUAGAGCAUUUGUGUGAUAGAGGUAUUUCAUUUACGAAGUAUUUUCUGAGGCACCAGCUAAAUGAAUACUCCAUCAUGAAUAAAUAAUGCUUAUGGAUUUGCAGCAUGCAUGCUAAAUGGUAAGCACUAAGUCAUCCCUGAGCCAUAUAAUGCAAAACCUUAAAUGUCAUCCUGUGUUGACUGUAUAAUAAACCACUUGGAUGAUUAUCAGAGAUCAGUUACACAAAAUGUUCUUGGUGAAUAUAUGUUUUCAAAAUGUUGUUCAUAUUCUGAUAACCAUUUAUGAAAAAUAUAUGUAACCAUCCUCCCUAUGAAGAGAAUGAGAGCACAAGAACAUAAGCAAUAGAAGCAAGAGUAGUCCCUCGAGCCUACUCUGCCAUCCAAUAAGAUCAUGGUUGGUCUUCUGCCUCAACUCCACUUUCCUGCUAAUCCCCUAUAUCCUUUGAUUUCCUGAGAGAUCAGAAAUUUAUCUAUCCCAGCCUUGAGUAUAUUCAAAGAUGAAACAUCCGCAACCCUCUGAAGUAAAGAAUUGAAAAGACUCACAACCCUCUGAGUGAAGAAAAUUCUCUUAAUAUCAGUCCUAAACGAUCGAGUCCUUAUGCUGAGACUGUGCCUCCAUGUUCUGGAAUCACCAGCCAGGGGAAACAACUUCAGUGUACACCCUGUCUACUCCCUUCAGGAUUAUGUAUGUUUCAAUGAGAUCACCUCUCAUUCUUUUAAUUGCCAUUUUACUCAGCCUCUUAUCAUAGGACAACCCUCUCAUUCUAAGAACCAAACUAGUAAAUGUUUGCUGUGCAGUCUCCAAGAUAAGAAUAUUCUUACUUCGAUAUGGAGACUAAAACUAUGCACACUACACACACCCUAUACAAUUGUAGCAAGACUUCUUUGUUCUUGUACUCCAGUCCCCUUGCAAUAAAAGCCAACAGGCCUUCCUAAAUGUUAUGCCUUCGUGUUAAUUUUCUGUGUUAUUUGUACAACUACACCCAAGUCACUGAACUCUAUCCAUUUACAUUGCAGCACUGUCUCCAGAAGGCAGUGAUAAACAUUAUCAUAAAAGGUUAGUGCCCAGAAUUAUAAAAUUAAUGUUCAUAAUGACCUGGAUUUACAAACUGACUGAAAAUUUGCAGGUGGCACCAAAUUAGGAGGGUAAGUGGAAUUGGAAGAGGCAGCUCAGGAAUUACAAAGUGACUUAAAAUGCAUGUAAAUGGACAGAACAAUAGUAAAUUAAAUUAAUGUAGAAAAAUGUAAUGAGUUGCUCAUAAGAAGGGAAUGUAAUCUAAACACAUGCUCUGCAAGCUGUGUUGAAAUAGUUAAGAAUUAAGUUGAAAGAGACCUAAGAAUCUGAACAGCCCUGAUGUUAAGUAUCAGCAUCCAAUACAGAGCAGCAAUCAAAAUUCCAAUCAGAUAAUGAACUCCAUAGCCAAAACAGUAGUAUACCAAACAGAGGAGGAAGUGAUAAAACUACAUUGUGCUCUGGACAGGUUAUAAUUUGAAUCUUGUAUUCAGUUCUGGUGACUGAAAAAUAAGAGUGAUGUUCCAGCGCUGGAGGCACAGCAGAUUCUAAAUUAGCAGAAAAGACUGAAGGAUCUCAGCCUAGAAAGGAGAGUAACUUUAUGAAGAUAAAUAAAAUGUUUCAAGGUACGGGCAUUUAAUCCAGAAUAUUGCUUUAAACUGUGGCAGUAGAAGAAAGAGGCACAGGUUCAAACUUGUGAAUGGCACUUGUAAGCCUGAUGUCAGGAAAUAGUUCUUCAAACAAAGGGUGAUCAACGUGUGGUAUAGAUUUCUGGAUGGGGAAGCAAAACCCUUAGAAUAAUUUCAAAAACAGUUGGAUGUACAAUGGUGGGAUUUUAGCAUAUCUGGAUGGAUGAAUUAAGAUAAGCCGAAUAGCCUUCCAUAUUUGUAAUUAUCUUGUGAUCUUACACAUGUAAAAUUAUUCUAGCAUUACUGACAUUCAACUCUCUGCUCUAAAUGAAAUGAAUUCAGAAGAAUAGCAUGAAACUCCAUAGUCACAGUGAAGUAACAUACCACUUGGACAUACUACUGCCUAACCUAGAUCAAAGCUGAAUUAAUUGUUCACUAAAAAUUACUUGGAGCACUUUGCUAAUAUAAUUAUACCACUGUUGCACAGACAUCUGUGAAAUUCUGCUUUUUUCACACUGACCUCAUGCAUUGUAUUUUGCUGAAACAUUACCAACCGAUGAUUCCAUUUACAGUUACUGCUAUAGCUUAUUAAGACUGAAUGUGAAUUAAAAUUUGUUGGGUUGGAGAAGACCGUUGACUGAACAAACUGUGUAACUGUCUUAGUCAUGUCCAUUUAACAGGCUAGGAUAUGCAUUCCAUGUAUUUAGCAGGAUCUACAGAGUCAAAAAAUGUGACGUGAAAAAACAAACUUAUUGUGAAGUGACUUUCUUGCAUCUAUUGUAUAUUUUGCAGCAUUCCUUCCAAUAUGGAACUGUAUUUUGGAAUCUGAAUAGUAAACACUGUCCUGUGUCAAUGCUGUUAAGAUGCUUGUUGUAUAUCCAGCCAGCUACAGGUACAGUUUUACCUGUAAUAAAGAACGUUAGUGUUUAA